GCGGUGGCUUCCAUGGCACAGUCACGUCACGAGGGGCGGACCAAGCGCCCUUUCGACAAAACAAGCGCCGACGACACAACACAACCCCCUUGCCUCGUGUGCUCGCCAUGCUAAACCUCCAACUUGAGCCGCCAGAGCAACCGACCGCGCUUCUGCUGUGUGCUGUUGCGCCUCGCCCACCGCCAAUAUGAGGGAGACGGAGCCCUUCUCGUUUGCGAGCUCCGAGGCGCUGGACUUUCCCGUCAGCAUUCGCAUCAUCAACCUCGAAGGCGAUGAGGUGCCCUACCGCGCCUCCACCCUGCUGCAGCGCCCAGAGCUUCGCUAUGUCGGCUCCAACACUAACCCCAACUCGGAUCUUUACGCCACCGUUCAGGUCUGGGCCGGCUCCAAGCCGCUGACCGUGCCGGUCCAAACCACCUACCGCGCUUUCAAGGCCGAGCGACGGUGGAACGAGUGGUUGACUUUGCCCCUCAAGUACUGCGAUGUGCCUUUGAACGCCCGACUCGCCAUCACUUUGUGGGAUCUGUCACCCACCGGUGGCAAAGACGCCCAGGGUCAUGCCGUGCCCUUUGGCGGCACCACCCUGCCUCUGUUUGACCGGGACAACCAGGUCCACAAGGGCCGCCAAAAGUGCCAAGUUCAUCGGCACAAGCUGGCUGACGGCUCUGAUGAUUCGACCACUCCCGCGAUACUGGCCAGGAAGCGCCGGGACGAAGUCGUGGCUCUCGACAAGGAUGCUGAGGAGCUUGAGCGGAUGGAGAAGCUAUUCAAAAAGCACGAAAUGGGCGAGAUCCCACGUGUUGAGUGGCUUGACCAACUUGUCUUCCGCGGUUUCGAAAAACGGGGCCUGCAAACAGCGAGGUCAUCCAUCAGGACCCUUCAGAGGCAGAGGGCUUUACAACAAAAGGCCGAAGGCGAGCCGGGACAGCAGCAAGAGGAAGACGAAGAGCGUGCCUCGAAAUUCCUCCUAAACGUCGAGUUGCCCCGGUUUGAUUUCCCCGUGGUUUUCGCCGACCACGAGUACCCACCUCCGCCCAUCUCGUCGCUGCAGCACAUGUCGGCGUCACAGUCAAACAUAGCCCUCAAGCCACCGCCGGAGGUUCUUUACGGGCCCGGUAUCAACAGCCCCGGCGAGCGGUCGGGAGCGCGGGUGGUGCGGGUGUACGACCCUGAGGUGGGCGCCAAGGAUAACCCUGCCGAGAGCAAACACCGGCGACUCGUGCGCGGGCAGCACCGACACGGAGUCAUGGACAAGGACCUGAAGCCAAACCCCAAGACGCGCGACGAGCUGAACUUGAUUCUGGCCUACUCGCCUACCCAUGUGCUGACGGCCGACGAGCGCGACCUCGUGUGGAAGUUCCGCUACCAUCUCAGCCGAGACAAGCGGGCGCUGACCAAGUUCGUCAAGUCGGUCAACUGGCACGACCAGAGCGAGUCCAAGCAGGCAGUGCAGGUGCUGGGCAAGUGGACCGAAAUCGACGUCGACGACGCGCUUGAGCUGCUCGGCCCCACGUUCGAGUACCCGGCAAUUAGGGCGUAUGCUGUGGACCGGCUGCGCAAAGCCGACGACCGGGAGCUGCUGCUGUACCUGCUGCAGCUGGUGCAAGCGCUCAAGUUCGAGCACAUCUCGGCCGAGGGCAACAGCGAGGCCACGCAGGCGUCGUCCCUCGCGCGCUUCCUCAUCGCGCGCGCCAGCCAGAACUUUACGCUAGGCAACUACCUAUACUGGUAUCUUAUGGUCGAGUGCGACGACACGAGCCAGGAGCAGCUGCCAGAGUACCGCGCCAUCUAUCGCAAGGUCGCCUAUGACUUUAUGACGGAGCUCGUAGCACAGCCUGGCGGGGUCGACGCGCGCAAGACGUUGCUGCGCCAGGCCGAGUGGAUCGCCAUCCUGUCCAAGAUCUCGGUUGAGAUCAAGGAAUCGGGCGAGUCGAUGGCCAAGCGCACCGAACGCGUCAAGCAGUUCCUGGCAGACCCCAAGAACGAGCUGGUGUCGAUCCAGCCCCCGCUGCCACUGCCACUGGACCCGGCGGUACGCAUUGUUAGCGUGGUUCCCGAGGAGACGACCGUGUUCAAAUCGUCGCUGCACCCCAUCAAGGUCACUUUCCGCACCGAUGAUGGGCUCAAGUACCCGAUCCUGUUCAAAACGGGCGACGACCUGCGCCAAGACCAGCUUGUGGUGCAGAUCAUCACACUCAUGGACCAGCUGCUGCAGAAGGAGAACCUCGACCUAAAGCUGUCGCCCUACAAGAUCCUGGCCACGAGCGCGAGCGCAGGACUGACACAAUUCGUCGCCUCUUCGAGCUUCCAGUCAAUCUCGAGCAAGUUCCGGACCGACACGGCGCUGGGCUACCUGCGCCACCAUAACCCGGACGCCAGCGCGCCACUCGGCGUGCGCAAGGAGGCCCACGACAUAUUCGUGAGGUCGUGCGCCGGCUACUGCGUAAUCACAUACAUCCUCGGCGUGGGCGAUCGCCACCUCGACAACCUCCUGCUGGCGCCUGAUGGCCACUUUUUUCACGCCGACUUUGGCUAUAUUCUCGGACGCGACCCCAAGCCCUUCGCGCCCGCAGUCAAGCUCUCACGCGAGAUGGUAGACGCUAUCGGUGGUACUAGUUCCGACCAGUUCCGCGCCUUCAAACAGUACAGUUUUCUCGCCUAUAGCGCUCUCCGCAAAAAUAGCAACCUUAUAUUGAACCUGUUCAGCCUCAUGACCGAUGCCAGCAUCCCUGAUAUUCGACUGGAGCCCGACAAGGCCGUUUCCAAGGUUCAGGAGCGGUUCCACCUUGCCGUCGACGAGUCUGACGCUCUUUUGCUAUUCGACCGCAUCCUUGACGAUUCAUUAGCCGCGUACGCGCCGUUGGUCAUAGAUCGGCUACAUUCCUUGACCCAAAACUGGCUCUCGUGAGCUUCAUGGGUUUAUGUCGACCACCAUGAUAUUCACCUCUUUGCGUUCGGGACGUUUUAAGGCCGUAUGUAUCAAAUCAGGCAGGGAAUUGGCGUUUUGGUGCUUGUACUUAUGAGGUUAAUCAGUCUAUUUCUUUCUUUCUUGCAUGGCUAGCGUCUUGCUGGCUUCUUUACUUUGAUAGCCUUUUUUUUUUACCGUAUACGAGCGCUAGUUUUGGAUAGAAUUUACGUUAGCUACGGUCAAGCAUAUGAAAUUCCCGUUCCGUA